CCCCGUGAGCCUCCGCCCCCAGUGACCGAGUGCCUCGCUUCGGCUCCAAGAUGAUGGGCUGCGAGGAAUCAGAGCUGAGGUCGGGGGAAGGGGAGGCGGCCAUUGCGGCCCCGGGGCCACCCCCGGAACCCCGCGCCCCGGAGCCCGGAGCUCCCGUGCCCGAGCCUGGCCUGGAUCUCAGCCUGAGCCUGAGCCCGCGGUCCGAGAGCCCAGAGCAGCCGAACUGCAGCCCGGGGCGGGGGAAGGGGCGGGCAAGCCGGCGGGGCGGGGCCCGCAAGGAGCGGCAGGUCCGUUUCCGCCUGGCGCCGUCCUCCCCGGUCCGGCCCCAGCCGCUGCCAGUCCCUGCCGCACCGAGCGAGAAGCCCGCGGCGUCGCAGGCCCUGGGUGCGCCCGCGCAGCACAGCAGCCUGGCUUUGAGCCUAGAGCUGCAGGCCGCGCGGGCCGCAGCCGCGGGCCACUUCGAUGCCGCCAAGGCCGUGGAGGAACAGCUGAGAAAAUCGUUCCAGACCCGCUGUGUCCUGGAGGAGAGCGUGGCCGAGGGACUGAACGUGCCGCGCUCCAAGCGGCUUUUCCGGGACCUGGUGAGCCUGCAGGUGCCCGAGGAACAGGUUCUGAACGCUGCGCUGAGGGAGAAAUUGGCGCUCCUGCCACCGCAGGCCCGAGCCCCGCCUCCAAAGGAGCCACCUGGGCCAGGGCCAGACAUGACUAUGCUGUGUGACCCAGAAACAUUAUUUUAUGAAUUUCCACACCUGAACCUGGACAGUCUGCCCUCUCUCCGCCUUCAACUCCGGCCCCGCCCUUCAGAGGAUACCUUCCUCAUGCAUCGAACACUAAGGCGUUGGGAAGUGUAGACCAGGAGGCUCCCAGAAUUGCUCGUAUUUUUGUGUUGAAAGUAACAUAAUAAAGUGGUUUUGCUAACAAAUGGGACUUUUCUUGGAAGG